AGAGAGAGAGAGAGAGAAGCAGUGAUUCUUGUACAGCAAAACAGCCUUGUGGUGGUGAGCAUGGAGAGAGAAAGAGAAGAAAAGAAACCAAAGUGGCCAAGCUAAUGUUGUGGUGAAGGGAUAGUACUGCGGCAUCAGUGCCCAGAUCUCUUUAAUAACUCUUGCUGUGCUUCUCUCUCACUGUGUGUGCUUUUCUUUCCCCUUUCAUUUGAUGAGUGUAAUGCAGAGGACACAGAGGGAAAUCUAUUAAUUGUGGGAUAUCUGGAAAAGUUUGGGAGUUUCUCUAUUGUUAAUUGGUGUCUUUUGUCAUGUGGUGUUGUUUUACUGGGCAGGGGCAGCAGCAACAGCGCAGAGAGGGAAGAAGAAGAAGAGGGAAAGCUUGUGGCUGCUUCUACUGCUGCUCUUACUACUCACCACUGAAAGGGUAAAGGAAAGCUGUGAAAGAGAGAACUUUGCAAGCGUUUGAAGCUUCAGAGCAGGAAAGAUAGAUUUCGGUCUUUUGCCAUGCGAUCUUGAAGUAAAAUGCUGGUACAAGCAUUCUCGGAAAUCCGCUUAAACUGGUAGAACGUCCUUAUGCAUUCGUAAAGGUGAGGUUACUGCCAUUUAUUGGUGUGCCGCCAUUCUGAGCUCUGGUGCAAACUGGAUAUGAGUUUAUUGGUGGGGACAUGCUCCAGCCAAGGGAAGCUGAUCUGCCUGUUCUCUUUCUGGUCUUGAUUGUGCUUCCUGUGGCCACUUACAUUCUACUCGGGAGAUGGACUGAAGCAGCAAAGAAGAAAAAUAGGAUAAGUUUGCUUGCUCAACUAGCUUCAGAAGAAGCCUUUAGAGUAGAGGCAAUGACUUCUGCCGAUGUGAUCCCACCUUUGGUCUCUUCAAAGACGGGCUUUUAUGUGUGUGCCAGAUGCUUCGCUCCUGCCACUACUCGCUGCUCUAAAUGCAAGUCAAUUAGAUACUGCUCAGGUAAGUGCCAAAUAAUACACUGGAGACAGGUGCACAAACAAGAAUGUCAGAUGUUGCAAGACAGUAGGUUAAAUAAUCUCUCUGGGAGUUUGGCCUCUGUUUCAGAGUCUGCUAUGCUGGAGCAUUCCAUAUUUGAGAACUCAAGACCUCAAUUCCUUGACGAUGAUAGGGAGGAACUCCUGCAUAAUGAUACUUCUUCAAAUCUAUCAGAUGAUUCUUGUGUCACCUUUGCUACUAACUUAUCUGAUGUGGCACUUGAUUCAGCUCAGCAUUCAGCAGUAGGGAAAAAAUUGCUAGAAAAAAGUGCAUCAAAAAAAUUGAAGCGAGAGAAAUUUAGAAAUGAUGGGUAUGUUUCAUGUUCUAAAGAUGAAACUAUUAACUGUGAUUUGGCUCCAACUACAAGUUCAAGCACCUUGUCAGCAGAAGUUUCCUUAGAAGGUGUUUCAGUCAGGCACAAGUUGGGAACUGAGAAUCAUAUUUCUGCCAGUAGAAAUCAUAGAAGUCAGGACACCACCAGCCAAAUCUUUUCCCAUGCUCCAAACGUUCUAAGAAAUAUACUGCAUCAGUCUCAUAAGUCAACAGGCAAAAUGAUGAAUGUCUCAAAAUCAAAAGGCUCACCUAUCUUGUCGACUUCAGUGUCUAUGAACAGAAAUGCAAUGAGUGAACAUGAAACUGACAUGGAGUUCAGUUCAGAGGAAGUGAGCAUUCAUAAUGGUAAAGCUUAUUCUGCUAGUGAAGAAUUAGAUUUAACUUCUGCAGGUGAAAAAGCUAAGGGAAGCUUAAAGUAUAAAAAACCUCCAUACACAGUGGGAACCAUUUCUUCCUUAUCCCAAAAACUGGCAGAUGAAGUACCAAAAGGUCAAACCUUUGUGGGGAUUGCAAGGAACACAUGCGUGGAUGAUGAAUCUAGGAUACAACAAAGUAGUAUUUCCAAGAGCAUCCCUUCAGAUUGCUCCAAUAGGUUCUCAGUUGUGGGAAGCACCAAGACUGAUGGUUCAAGAAAGUCAUCUAAGAUUCCCAAGGGAAAGAUUGCUGGACUUUUAAAUUACUGUAAGAAAAACAAGGUGCUGUUUCCCUAUGAAGAUCUUGUUAAGCUUUUUCAAUGUGAAGUUUGGGACGUAUCUCCUCGAGGGCUUCUUAACUGUGGCAACAGUUGCUAUGCUAAUGCUGUGCUUCAAUGCUUAACAUGCACAAAGCCUCUCAUGGUCUACUUGCUGCGGAGAUUACAUUCAAGAACCUGUUGUGUUAAAGAUUGGUGCCUUAUGUGUGAACUUGAGCAACAUGUGUCCAUGUUGCGAGAAAGUGGUGGCCCUUUAUCUCCAAAUGGAAUCCUCUCAAAUAUGAGAAAUAUUGGGUGGAGAAUGGGUGGUGGAAAUCAAGAAGAUGCUCAUGAAUUUUUAAGGCUUUUACUAAUGUCUAUGCAAGCUAUAUGCCUCGAGGGCCUGGGUGGUGAGAAAAAUGUUGAUUGUAGGUUGCAAGAGACCACCCUAAUACAACAGAUCUUUGGCGGUCGCCUUAGAUCAAAGGUCAAAUGCAUGAGAUGCCAUCUUGAGUCAGAAAGAUAUGAAAACAUCAUGGAUCUCACCUUGGAGAUACAUGGUUGGGUUGAAUCCUUGGAGGAUGCACUCACCCAAUUCACUGCUGCCGAGGAUUUAGAUGGAGAGAACAUGUACAGAUGUGGAAGGUGUUCCACAUAUGUCAAUGCCCGAAAGCAAUUAAGUAUACAUGAAGUGCCAAAUAUCUUGACAGUUGUUCUGAAGAGAUUUCAGACAGGGCAAUACGGAAAAAUAAAUAAAUGUGUUACCUUCCCGGAUAUGCUGGACAUGAUACCGUUCGUGACUGGAACUGCAGACAUUCCUCCACUCUACAUGCUCUAUGCAGUUGUUGUACAUUUAGAUACCCUCAAUGCGUCAUUUUCUGGGCACUAUGUGUCCUAUGUUAAGGAUCUACAAGGAGCAUGGUUCAGAGUUGACGAUGCUGAGGUGCAAGCAGUGCCAUCAAGUCGGGUAAUGUCUGAAGGUGCUUACAUGUUAUUCUAUGCCAGAUCUUUCCCGCGACCGCCCCGGGUUUACACUGAAAAACCAUCAUUACAAGCUAAAGCUAUUUCAAGGCCUACCACAGCAAAGGCACAUAAAUCUUCUGAAUUCAAUGAUGGACAAAGAGAGACGUUGUCAGCCUUGGGCAACCGCGUUGCUAUGGCAAAUGAUUUUAUAGCUGAAAACCGUGGGAGCGUCGGGGAAACAUUUUCAGACUCAUUCAGCAUGGACUUUUCUGAUGCUACUUCAAGUGAUUGGUCUCUCUUCACAAGCUCCGAUGAAUCAUCAUUUACUACUGAGAGCACCCGGAAUUCAUUCAGCACUGUUGAUUACGGGGAUGCUGCAGGCCUCGACCCCAUUGUAUCACUGUUUAGUCCAUACUAUGGCCCGGAAUAUCCCAUAAGCAGCACCAUAUCCUGUACGAAGUUCUCGCCAUGUAAAGUGGAGACGAGAUUCGUUUCAGAGAGCAAAGCCUUUGUUGUGGAUUCUUCGAAGAAUUUUGUACAUAGGGGACAGAAUCUGGAGCCGGUCAAUCUAUCUUCAGGUGGUAGAUACAAAAGUAGUCGGAAAGACUAACUUGUAGCAUUGAAUUCGAAAGUAUUGUAAUUUGCAGUCAGUAGAUUCUUUUAGCUUUAGUUAUGCUGUAGACAAUGUUGAUUAUCAGGUAAACAUAUCAGCAGUGCCUCAUUUUUUUUUAGUGGUAUGAGGCAAAUGCUUAAUGUCAUUAGGAUCAAUAGGAAAGAGAGGACUGAAGAGACUCAUGCAGUAAUGAAGCAACCAUUUUUUGUC